AUGGAACAAAAAAAGAAGAUGCUCUUUUUAAUUAAUAUUUCUACAUUUGUGUUUUUACCUUGGGUAUGCCUUCUCUAUAGCGACAUGCUUACAUGUAAUCAUCUGCUUGUUGGAGACUAUAAGCUUUAUAAAAAAUUACAUACGAGAACUUAUCGGUUACUAACAAAAUGUAAACACAAAAGAUAUUCAAAUAUUGCACAAUUAAAACAAGAGAUACCAAAUAAUACAGUUGGCGAAAAAAAAAAUAUAUUUAUUAAUGAAAAGGUUAACAACGGAAAAAAAAAACAUUCAAAUGAAAGAUCAUUAAACAAUGUAGGCAUUUAUGAACAAACUAGAAAAUAUAAAACUUCCGUACACACGAGAACAAAAUUAAAUUUUGAAAAAAGAGUAUUAGGCAAAUUAUAUUACAAAAAUACAGUUAGAUUUACUAUGAAUGCUGAUUUUAAGUUUUUAAAAUAUACUAUAACAAGAAAAUUAGGUAUGAUGUGUGCUGUAUAUAUCUUCUAUAUAAUACUUGGUAUAGUAAUAUAUGCUUUAAUACAUUCAAAUGAUAUGCUGUGUUCUAAAAGCUUUAUAUUUAACUUGCUUUGGUGUAAUGUAGCAACAAUAGCAUAUGCAAUGUCCCUGCUUAUAGUUAUACCAUCCUUAUAUUAUAUCUACAGAAAAAUUGCAAAAUAUAUAAAGUUAAUAUAUAAAAAAAGUGAAAUGCAUAAUACGGAUUAUCCUUAUCCCAGAAAAGUAGUCUUUAAGAAAAAUUAA